CACCCUAGAAGGGUAUAAAAGCCGCAGGGUGGUGGCAGCACAGCAAAGUGACAAGAUGCCGUCUCUCGGGUACCUGCUGCUGUUCUCCCUGGCUGUCGCACUAAUAUACCCAGCAUCUGGAGGAUAUAGUGGACAAAGAUGUUCCAAGCCCGUUUCUAACUGCCAGACUCUGAAGCAAUGCCGGUCAACUUCGGAUUGCUCAAGCGGUCAGAGUUGUUGUGACAGUGGAUGUGGUCUACGAUGCACUGGUCUUACUGGAUUUUUGAAUUUCUUCAAAAAUCUAUUUCCAUGUGGACAAGGAGGAUGUGGUGGAGGAUGCCAAGGACAAGGAUGUGGUGGAGGAUGCCAAGGACAAGGAUGUGGUGGAUCUCGGGGAGGAUAUCAGGGUGGAUAUCAGGGUGGAUAUCAGGGAGGAUAUCAGGGAGGAUACGGAGGAAAAAAAUAGACAUAUGUUUCUUUUCAACAACUGUAAAAAUGUAUCAAAUGCCUAGAAAUUCAAAAUUGCAUUGCUAAAGAUAUUUUUGUCUACCAUGAAAGGCAUGUUCCAUCGAGAGCCAGCACAAGAAACUGAAUUCUCCAAAAACCAAAUUCAAGCAGUGUCAUUAUACUACACCAAACAAUUGUAAUGUUUGUAAAUGUACAAAACCCAAUGGUUCUUCUGCAUUCCUUUGUACAAAUAAAGCUGAUGAAAUGCUUGAGA